AUGCUAUUCAAACAGCAGGUGUGGCUGAGACAGAAGCUCCUGGUGCUGGGAAGCCUUGCUGUUGGAAGUCUCCUGUAUCUAGUCGCCAGAGUUGGGAGUUUGGAUAGGCUACAACCCAUUUGCCCCAUUGAAGGCCGAUUUGGAGCCCGCGGGCAGGCUGACUUCCCUCUCCGUGCCCUGCAGUUCAAGCGUGGCCUGCUGCACGAGUUCCGGAAGGGCAACGUUUCCAAGGAACAGGUUCGCCUUCAUGACCUGGUCCAGCAACUCCCUAAGGCCAUUAUCAUUGGGGUGAGAAAAGGAGGCACCAGGGCCCUGCUUGAGAUGCUGAACCUCCAUCCAGCUGUGGUCAAAGCCUCUCAAGAAAUCCACUUUUUUGACAAUGAUGAGAAUUAUGCCAAGGGCAUUGAGUGGUAUAGAAAAAAGAUGCCUUUUUCCUACCCUCAGCAAAUCACAAUUGAAAAGAGCCCGGCAUAUUUUAUCACGGAGGAGGUUCCAGAAAGGAUUUACAAAAUGAACUCAUCCAUCAAGUUGCUGAUCAUUGUCAGGGAGCCAACCACAAGAGCUAUUUCUGAUUACACUCAGGUGCUAGAGGGGAAGGAGAGGAAGAAUAAAACUUACUACAAGUUUGAGAAGCUGGCUAUAGACCCUAAUACCUGCGAAGUGAACACAAAAUACAAAGCAGUAAGAACCAGCAUCUACACCAAACAUUUGGAGAGGUGGUUGAAAUACUUUCCGAUUGAGCAGUUUCACAUUGUGGAUGGAGAUCGCCUCAUCACGGAGCCUCUGCCAGAACUUCAGCUCGUGGAGAAGUUCCUAAAUCUUCCCCCGAGAAUAAGUCAGUACAACUUGUAUUUCAAUGUUACCAGAGGGUUCUACUGCUUGCGAUUUAACGUUAUCUUUAAUAAGUGCCUGGCUGGCAGCAAGGGGCGCAUUCAUCCAGAGGUGGACCCCUCUGUCAUUACCAAAUUGCGCAAAUUCUUUCACCCUUUCAAUCAAAAGUUUUACCAGAUCACUGGGAGGACACUGAACUGGCCCUAA